AUGCCAUCGGGAUACGUCGGGGCAGAAUCUGUCUCUAUUUCUGGGGUGACAGGGGGAUCCCAACAGCUGACUGUACUGGAGGCUGAAGUCAGCUUGACUGGGAAGGAAUGGCACAGACACCCCAUCGUGACUGGUCCAGAGGCCCCGUGUAUCCUUGGCAUAGACUACCUAAGAAAUGGGUAUUUCAAAGACCCAAAGGGACUUCGUUGGGCUUUUGGCAUAGCAGCUGUGGACACAGAGGAAAUCAGACAGUUGAACACCUUGCCUGGCCUAUCAGAGGACCCUUCUGCUGUGGGACUGCUGAAAGUUGAAGAACAAUUGGUACCGCUGGCCACGGCAACAGUGCACCGUCGGCAAUACCGCACCGACCGAGACUCUGUGACCCCCAUACACAAGAUGAUUCGUGAGCUAGAGAGCCAAGGGGUGGUCAGCAAGACUCACUCACCCUUUAACAGCCCCAUAUGGCCAGUGCGGAAGUCCACUGGAGAGUGGAGGCUGACGGUGGAUUACCGAGGCCUCAAUGAGGUCACACCCCCCCUGAGUGCUGCCGUGCCGGACAUGUUGGAGCUUCAGUAUGAGCUGGAGUCCAAGGCAGCCAAGUGGUAUGCCACUAUCGACAUUGCCAAUGCCUUUUUCUCCAUUCCUUUGGCAGCAGAGUGCAGGCCACAGUUUGCUUUCACCUGGAGGGGUGUGCAGUACACCUGGAAUCGACUGCCCCAGGGGUGGAAACACAGUCCCACCAUUUGCCACGGACUGAUCCAGACUGCACUGGAAAAGGGUGAGGCUCCAGAACAUCUACAGUACAUCGAUGACAUCAUUGUAUGGGGGAACACAGCAGGGGAAGUUUUUGAGAAAGGAAAGAAGAUAAUCCAGAUCCUCCUAAGAGCUGGUUUUGCCAUUAAACGAAGUAAGGUCAAGGGACCUGCUCAGGAAAUUCAGUUCCUAGGAGUGAAGUGGCAAGACGGACGUCGCCAGAUUCCAACAGAGGUGAUCAACAAAAUAGCAGCCAUGUCCCCACCAACCAACAAAAAGGAAACGCAGGCUUUCCUAGGCGCUGUGGGAUUUUGGAGGAUGCAUAUUCCUGAGUACAGUCAGAUUGUAAGUCCUCUCUACUUUGUGACACGGAAGAAAAAUGAUUUCCAGUGGGGCCCUGAACAACAACAAGCCUUUGAGCAAAUUAAACAGGAGAUUGCCCAUGCAGUAGCUCUUGGGCCAGUCAGGACAGGACAGGACGUGAAGAACGUGCUCUACACUGCAGCCGGGGAGAAGGGCCCAUCCUGGAGCCUCUGGCAGAAAGUACCUGGGGAGACCCGAGGACGACCGCUGGGAUUCUGGAGUCGGGGAUACAAAGGAUCUGAAGCCAGCUAUACCCCAACUGAGAAAGAGAUCCUGGCAGCUUAUGAGGGAGUUCGAGCUGCCUCAGAAGUGAUCGGCACUGAGGCACAGCUCCUCCUGGCACCCCGACUACCAGUACUGGGCUGGAUGUUCAAAGGGAAAGCUCCUUCUACCCAUCAUGCCACUGAUGCCACAUGGAGUAAGUGGAUCGCUCUGAUCACGCAGCGAACUCGUAUAGGAAAUCCUAAUCGCCCUGGGAUUUUGGAAAUCAUCACCAACUGGCCAGAAGGUGAGAGUUUCGGACUAUCCACUGAAGAAGAGGAGGAGCAGGUGACACGAGCUGAGGAGGCCCCACCAUAUAACCAGCUACCAGAAGAGGAAAAGCGAUAUGCUCUCUUCACGGAUGGCUCCUGCCGCAUUGUAGGAACAAGCCGGAAGUGGAAAGCAGCUGUAUGGAGUCCUACACGUCAAGUUGCAGAAGCAACUGAAGGACAAGGUGGAUCAAGUCAGGUUGCAGAGCUGAAAGCAGUUCAGCUGGCUUUAGAUAUCGCUGAACGAGAGAAGUGGCCGAGACUCUACCUCUACACUGACUCGUGGAUGGUAGCCAAUGCUCUGUGGGGAUGGCUGGAGCGAUGGAGAAAGGCCGGCUGGCAGCGCAAAGGGAAACCCAUCUGGGCAGCUGAGAUGUGGCAGGACAUCGCUGCCCGGGUCGAAAAACUGAGUGUGAAGGUCCGUCACGUAGAUGCUCAUGUACCCAAGAGCCGGGCUAAUGAGGAGCAUCGUAACAACGAGCAGGUGGAUCGAGCUGCCAGGAUUGAAGUCUUCCAGGUAGACCUGGAUUGGCAGCAUAAGGGAGAAUUGUUUCUAGCUCGAUGGGCCCAUGAUGCCUCUGGUCAUCAGGGUAGAGAUGCAACCUACAGAUGGGCUCGUGACCGAGGGGUGGAUCUAACCAUGGACAGUAUCUCACAGGUUAUCCAUGACUGUGACAUAUGUGCUGCCAUCAAGCAGGCCAAGCGGGUGAAGCCCCUAUGGUAUGGUGGACGGUGGUCGAAAUAUAAGUAUGGAGAAGCCUGGCAAGUCGACUACAUCACACUUCCCCAAACACGCCAAGGCAAGCGUUACGUGCUGACCAUG